AUGCAGCACAGACACAGAGAGCUAGAGAAGGAACGAAACCGAGGCAUUGGGAAACCUCUGCUAGGAGGGCCCUUCUCACUUGUCAGCCAUGAGGGACAGCCCAAGACCAGCAAGGACUACAUUGGCCAGUGGGUGCUGAUCUACUUUGGCUUCACGCACUGCCCUGACAUCUGUCCUGAUGAACUGGAGAAAAUGAUUGAAGUGGUAGAUGAAAUUGAUCGAAUUCCAUCUUUGCCUAAUCUGACCCCACUCUUCAUCACCAUUGAUCCUGAGAGGGACAACGAAGAAGCCAUUGCCAGAUAUGUUAAAGAAUUUUCUCCAAAGCUGAUCGGAUUGACUGGUACCAAGGCACAGAUUGACCAAGUGGCCAAAGCUUACCGUGUGUAUUACAGCGAAGGUCCCAAAGAUGAAGACAAUGAUUACAUAGUGGAUCACACAAUAAUAAUGUACCUGCUUGGGCCAGAUGGUGACUUCGUGGACUAUUAUGGCCAAAAUAAGAGGAGCACCGAGAUUUCUGCUUCCAUUGCUGCACACAUGAGAAAAUACAGAUCCUAAAACACAAGGUCUUCAAAGAUUGAUGUGAACAUCACCUGUAGGUUUGGCUGUAAUUGGGCAUUGGAGUUAAAGCAGAAGCAUGCAAGUGUAACAUCCUGUCACCUUCCAAAUAAGAAAGGCACCAUGCUUCUGCAAAAUACCAUUAUCAAAAAUCUCUGUAGAGCCUUCCCCAUGGAUAAUAUCUGCAGCAAGAUCUAGGCUACAGAAUGAAAUUUGGGACUUCUCUGCAACGUUGCUGGGAGCAAAAAACCACUUCAUUUGGGAAGAACAUGUGUGUCAUUGGUAAAAUGAAUUGGUAUCUCUUGGCAAGACAUCAGUAAAGGAUGGUUGCUGCAGGAGGACGAUUAUUUGAUGAAAAGCCAUGUGGGCCAUGGCAUUCUCAGAGGAACCCUGCCCUCUUUUCUUCUGCACUGGUUUGCCUUCUGGGAGAGGCAGUUUUACACUAUUAUAAACAGGUUAACUUUUAAGAGUACUUCUUUAUCAAGAUUAAGAAGGUGAAGAGCACUGAAAGCAUCAGCAGCUUCUACGGAUGGGACCAGCCCUGUAGUGAGCCUGAUCUCUUCAGUUGAAUGCAGAAAUAAAAUAGUUUGUUUUCCUGGUGAUUCUUCCAGGUAAACACUGUUAACUUACAAGGAAAUGAGUAAUGGGUUGCAAAUAGAUUUUUUUUUUUUUUUUUUUUUUUUUUUCUUCUGGUCUAAAUGAUUUUGUGCAUCAUCAGCCUGAUCAUGCUAUGCUGAAUAGCAAGGUGGGGAGGAUGAAGGGGGUCUGUGGCCAUGCAUAUGGCAGUCAAUCAAUCAGAUGAAUUUUAUGCAGUGCAGCAUUU